UUUCAUCGACGUCAGUCGAAUCGAGGGUGGCAAAGCAAACGGACACUACUAGAGAAUCGUAUUAGGUGCCCCGUUAUUCCUUCGGUUCCUCUUUCCAAGCAAUGGAAAGAGAACGAUUUCCUUUAGUCGCGGAAAUUUUCUAGUAGUGCGUAACAUCUGACUGUAGAAAACUCCAAUCCGGUUGAAAGAAAAUCAAUUGCGAAAGUGUUUCGUGUGCGAAUUGAUAUAAAAUCUGGUUCAUUCUCUACCUGUCGAAUAAUAGGAAGAAGUCAGUAUUUUCCAAGAUGUCGGUCGCAUCCUGAAAACGUGCGUCGGCGCAGUAGGCCACCCGCUGAAGUAACUCUCGCGUAAAGGCAAGACGUCGUGUCUCAAUUUGCUGCUUUAGAAGUACUGCACCCUUCGUUGUAAAUAUUUAUUUUGGACUCAAGAGUUUUCAGUCCUAGCAAAAAUCGAACGUUUCGUGAAAAGAAAAAUUCUUGCCGAGCAGUGGUAAACCAAGUUUUACGUGUGUGUUACCCUGAAGAAUAUUCGUAUGAGUUUGAUACUGAUACUGCUGUUUUUGAAAAACAUUUGUAUAUUUUUUAAUAAGUUGGUUUUACGUUGCUACAACUCAUUCCUGAUUCACCCCAACAACAACCAAUUGGAGAAUAGUGGCAAAUACGGAGGGAAUCGUUACCGGUCCAGGACUGUCGGUAAUCAUAAAGUGUACUACAACGAUAAGGACCUAAUAGUACGACCUCGACGCUCCCGUCGUCUUCGGAACGAGCAGCAACAGAAGCAACAACAACAACUGAUGGCCGAAAGGGACACAUACGGAAAAUAUUAAAAGUCUCACAUUUUGAAUCAUCUAGAUAGACACCAUAGAAACUAGUUAUAUAAAUUGCCCGUCUCCAAAUCAACUCCAAAAGGACUCAUCAAUCUCAUCGUAUUAAUAAGCGCCACGUCGCUUCAUACUCAUUUGAAUUGAUCCGUGAACGGAAUUGAAUCCUUUGUUGGUUCAUUCUUCGCCGAAGUUCGCUGACCCUCGCGUAACGUUAACAGGAAUAACAGGAACCGAGGGGGUGCAAUAGAAAACCACUUGUCACAAAACAUUGCGCUAGGGCGAUUCCAAAGUGAAACCGGAAAGUAGAACCCCAGUCACUCAUAAUGGCGUACGUUUAUUGAAAUUAAAAUCAAUUCAUAAACCCAAAUGACCAUCCAGGAGGCUCGCAUUUGUCUCACUACGUCCAGUUCCAGCUCUAGUAGUGCAAACAAUUCCGCAGGAUUAAACAACAGUGGGGCUGGUAAUGGAACGGUAGUCCAUCCUCCAAGUGGCAGUGCUGGAUUAACGGCGGUUUCUAGCAAUGCAAGUGAAGUGCCCAGCCAAAUGGACAACGAGCUGGCGGAGGCAAAUAACAAUUUCAACCAAUAUCGCGCCGAUGUACCCCUCCAGAAUGGAUGCGAAGACAAGUGGAGCUGGAGUAAACGAGAUCGAUCGAAGGAGGUGUGGCUCAGCGGUGCCAACAAUCGAACAGUUCAUUUUCAUCCCAACUGGAGCAAGGGUACGGCAGGGAUCCGAGGAACCCGAGUGCUCAACAACGGACGGUAUUACUGGGAGCUGAGUGUGUCGCAGCGGGUCUUCGGGACGAGUAUGAUGUUUGGCAUUGGAACGAAGAAAGCUCGCCUGCACGUGAACGCCUUUACCAACCUGCUGGGAGAAGACAACAACGGGUGGGGUCUGUCGCACAAAGGACUACUAUGGCACGGUGGUUCGGCACGGAACUACACCAAACGAUUCAAGGAGAAUCAGGCAACCAACAUUGGUAUCCUGUUCGAUGGGAUUGCCGGUACGCUGACGUACUACAAGGACGAUGUGUGUUUGGGAAUCGCCUUCCGAGGGUUGAAUGAGAUCCGCGAGCCCCUCUAUCCGAUCGUCUGCUCGACGGCCGCCAAAACGGAAAUGGUGCUUGCCGUAACGAGGCGUGAUUUCGUGAACCUACAGGAUCGCUGUCGGGCAAUCAUAAUCAAACAGAUCCAAACGCGCGAAAAGUUGGACCGACUGAAACUUCCCUACUGCAUUACCAACUAUUUGGCGGAGGCCCUGUCGGAUUGUAGCACCCCGGUCACACCGCUGGAACAGCAGCUUAUCGACUACUAUCUGUUUUAGUCGGUGGGUUAGCGAAUUUUCGUUGCAGAAUACUACAUUAUUACUAGUAUUUAUAUUGGUACUAUUUUUUAUACUGCUAUUAUUGUCGAUUGUUGUUAUUUUUAUAGCUAAAUUUGUUUCACACCUAUACAUUUCACAAUUUUUUUCUGUUGAAAACUUGAACCCGUACUCUACCUUAAAAGUGUAUAAUCAUGAAAAAAUUAGUUUGAUAAAAUUUAUUCCGAGAUGCUUUGCAGAAUUCAUUUUAAUGCAUCUAACUGAUUUUUAAUUAUAUAUAUUUAUUCGCCGAGAUAGGAAUGAUGUAUGAAACCGAUUCUCUUAUAGAUUUUGAAACCAAACACUGCAGAAACUAAAGCAUCUAAAUAGUGCUUCUAGACCAUUAUAAUCAAAACCGAAACUCAACAGAUUGCAGACUCAUUUAAAAAACUGAAUUGAGAUCGAAGGAUUUUAUUUUUUACGGGCUGAUUAUUAUAUUAUCGUAUCAAUCACGGAAAGCGUAGCCUGAUUCGCUUUCUGUAUGCACGAUACGACGCGAGUGAAAUUCUAGUCAUUUUGGGAGGGCGUACGGUAAGAAAUAUGAAACUAUAAUAAAUAAUUAGACUAUAAUGAACACAUUCUAAUGCGCUGUACUGCAUAUAGCAUGAAACCGUUUUGCAUUACCAAAGGCACGAAAAAAGACAAAUCAGUACGAAUAGAAGUGGUUUAUAAACAUUGUACAUAUAGACGUUUAACGAGCGUUGAGGUUUGUCAGAAAAUCGCUGAUACGACAAAGGAUAAGAGUGACAAUGAUAAUGCUUGUAACAUUUAAAAUGCGACGAAAGCUUGCUGGAAAAGAACGAGCGAUUUCUACUGUUUGUAAAGUGUGACGAAUGCAUGACUGUUUGAUUGAUUGAUUGAUGUCGUUCAAUUUUUAGUUGUUAUUGUUGAAUUCGCUCCCCGUUUGUGCGCCUGUACACAUCGAUAAAAAAGGACUUUUGUUGUGAGUCGUGUUUACUAACAUGUCAAUUCUGAUGUUUUUAUCUCUAAAGAGCUUUAAGCUUAAAAAAUAGCGUGUUUUGUAAUUCACUAGUGCUCUACUUGCACCAAGCCAGGUUAGCAAAAGUUACAAGUUGUAAGCACGACUUACACCUUCAAGUCGAUUUCACCAACGUGCACAGGUUAAAGGUCUACUCAAAAUUUUCCGAUCCUGUUUAGUGCCGUGCGCGAACGAACGAUAAUACACGUUUCAAUGUGUUUUUUCACACUAUUCGGGUACCGUUCCAUGUCGAAACUUCAUUUCUCAAAUGACCGUAGAAGCAAGAGACCGUUCCUCUCUUUUAUUAAUUACUAACCGGUUUCCACGUUUACCACGCAACUGUUUGUAUCAAACGAUAUCAGAAAUCUUAGACAUUCGAUCAGUCCACGAAAAUCUUUCUAAUCGCGUCACAAUAAUCGAAAGAGGAUGUAAUCAAAGAGAAUCUGUCACUUGCCCAAACGGUCUUUUGAAAAAUCAACCAAAAAAUGCGAAUACUCGCAUUGAAAUUUGUUUAAUUUGAUUAAAUAAAAUUUUGAUCAAAUAACAAAGUUAUUAAUCGAUUGCUCGAUUAAAUAUUCAAUUAUUAAUAUAUAAUUUUUCGAAUUAUUCGAUUAGAUAAAUAAUCGGAUAUUAGUUUCAAACUAAUCGAUUGAAUUUCAGUCGAUUCAGGGUGUCCGUGCACUGAAUUGUGUCGGUACUGAACCGGAUCGAAAAGGUUUGAAUAGACUUUAAUGCAAUAUUCGGCGAAUGAGUUUUUUAUAUAUGCUACUAUUUCGACAAAUUUCUAAAUAAGUUUCAAAAUUUCGGAAUCGAUUGUUGCUGGUAGAUUGAAAUACUGUUCGUUGGGUCGUCCUGAUAUAUACGGAAAUGAUUCGUUGAAGGUAACCGGAAAUAAACAAGAUUGCAGUACCAUUAUAAAAUACUCAAUACUCAAAAAUGUUAAGCGAUUAUAGUUGCUUCAAUAUCGUUGAGUUGAAAUUCAAUGAAGAAUCAUCAUUAGGCUUUUUACCGUCACUGUAACCUCAAUUAGUUUGACAACUCAGCUGUAUUGCUUACAUGCUCGUAAUAGGCAACUUGGUUUAACCGAUAGCUGUCAAAUGAUGUUCAUUCAGUGAAUUUUGUGAGGUUAUGUCAUGUUCGUGCAAAACCUAAUCUUGCAUGAUGAAUUAGCACUAGCAGAGAAAACAGUUUUUCCGUUUUUCAACGAUGGCUGAAUUGUCAGUAGAACCUUAUUAUAAAUUCCUCAAUACGAAAUUUUCUUCCAUUCGGUGGAUUGAAAAACACUAUUUAAAAAAUGUCUUGAAGAUUUAUGGUAAUGGUGGCCGAUCUCCACCUCAACUCAAUUGUGGAUGCAGAAAUAGAGUAAUAAAAUAAUUAAACGUCAUCGAUUCAGUCCCCCGUCAAAGAGCCAGCGCGAUCUUCCAGCAACACAAACAAAUCGAUUCGCAAACAGAGCACAAACGUAAACUACAAUCGGCAAAAUAAGAUUUAAUUCAAAAUUUGCUUAGUAUAGGCAUAGAAAUGGUGUGUUUAGUGAAAACUUGUUUGAAUAAAAUUAAAAAGAAGUGUGUAAACCAGUUUGGAUUUGGUUGAAACACGGUGUUAUCAUUCCCCUUAUCUGUGUUAAUUUUCGAGUAUAGACGCAAGUAAACUAUUUUGAUAAAAUAAAUACUCGGAGCAUUGCUCGUAAUUCUAGUCGUAUAUGUUUUAUGUUCCUUAUUUAAUUAAAUACCCAUUAUUACUGUGAUGUUUAUCAGUUCUAUUUAGCAACUCUUAGUUAUAAUACCUUCAAACGCACAAAUUGUUUUAAUUGUAGUUGAGACAACUUGAUAUUAGCCGUGAAAAUUCAAACCGCCACCAAACCUUGUGGUUGAGUGCCAUAACAGUAAACUGAAAAAUUUACGACCAUUUGUGAAGAAACAAUGAACUGUAAAUACAUAAUACAAACAUGAAAUUUAAGAAUCAAUGUCUAACUAAAAAUGCUGAAUCAUUGACAAGCCUGCGGUGAAGCUACUUAACAUAGGCAUUAAUUAGAUUUGUAGAGGAUUGUAUCUAGGAUUACUUAUUUUCUCUGACAAAAAAAAGCUGUUUGAUUGCUUGAGUUGUAUCGAAACAACAGUUAUUUUUUAGUGCACGCAAGUUCAUAGGGACGAAAUUGUGUCUCCCUAAGUCAAACAUAAUUGGGCCAUUGAGUGUGCAAUACCAAAAUAAACAUGAAACAUGAUGGUAUGGAAGAUAAUGAUGUCAUAAUAAUUUUGUAGUUGUUAAGUAAAUUAAUUGAAUCUUGUCGAUGUAGACAUAUAAAUACUAGUUCAUAGGAAAAAAAGAAGCUUGCCUCAUGUGUCGUAAAGUGGGUUACUGAUGAAAUAUACCAAACCAAAGUUGAAAUUUGUAUACUACUACGCAAAUGAAGUCACACAACAGUUCUUCAUUGCAUGUAACAACGUUAGCAAGCAUACAAAUGAACUCAAAUAAUGAGAUACAAAACUGUAUAUCAAUGCUAAACCAUCUUAGCCUUGACUGUAUGGGGCAAGAAGUAACACAUUCAACAAAUGAUUUAGCCAAGUAAAAAUAAUACAAGUGACUCGUAAACAUUAAA